UCCUGUGUCCGCACACCAGCACGCGCUUUACCAGCAUCUGAGCAACGACAACACGCUCAAGCAGACAGGGAAUACCAGACCUCAGUGACAUUUUGGAGUGCAAUAGAUCAUUAAGCAUGGCUGGACUUAAGUACAUGAAUGGCUUUGGGAACGAUUUCUCCUCUGAAGAUCCACGCUGCCCAGGGGCCUUGCCCGAGGGACAAAACAAUCCUCAGGUGUGUCCUUAUGGCCUCUAUGCUGAGCAGCUCUCUGGCUCCGCCUUCACCUGUCCAAGGCCAGCCAAUAAGAGAAGCUGGUUGUAUCGCAUUCUCCCAUCUGUCAAACACAAGCCCUUCACUCCCGUAUACUGUGGAAACAUCACCGAGAGCUGGAAUGAGGUGGACCCAGAUCCUAACCAGCUAAGAUGGCUCCCUUUCACCAUCCCGAAAUCUCUGGACAAGAAAGUUGACUUUGUGGCUGGUCUCAAUACACUGUGUGGUGCUGGUGAUGCCAAAUCUCGUAAUGGCAUUGGCAUUCACAUGUAUACCUGUAACACUUCCAUGGUAGACAGGUGCUUCAACAACUCAGAUGGAGACUUUUUGAUCGUCCCCCAGCAGGGCGGUCUCCUGAUCACUACAGAGUUUGGGAAGAUGAUGGUCGAGCCGAACGAGAUCUGUGUCAUCCAGCAAGGGAUGCGCUUUGCUGUGGAUGUCUUUGGAGAAUCUCGUGGCUAUAUAUUGGAAGUGUAUGGAGCGCAUUUUGAACUCCCCGACCUGGGACCCAUCGGAGCAAAUGGCCUGGCAAACCCCCGGGACUUCCUGUGUCCGGUUGCAUGGUACGAAGACCGCACCGUGUCGUCAGGUUACACAAUCAUCAACAAGUACCAAGGAAAACUCUUCGCCUGCCAACAGGAUUUCUCGCCGUUCAAUGUGGUCGCCUGGCACGGGAACUACACACCUUACAAAUACAACCUGGAGAACUUCAUGGUCAUCAACUGUGUGGCCUUUGAUCAUGCGGACCCAUCCAUCUUCACUGUGCUGACAGCCAAAUCUACUCGUCCUGGUGUUGCCAUUGCCGACUUUGUCAUCUUCCCCCCUCGCUGGGGUGUGGCCGAGCAUACUUUCCGUCCUCCAUACUACCAUCGCAACUGCAUGAGCGAAUUCAUGGGACUGAUCAAGGGGCACUACGAGGCCAAGGAGGAGGGCUUCCUGCCAGGAGGGGGCAGUCUCCACAGCAUGAUGACCCCACACGGCCCUGAUGCAUACUGCUUUGAGAAGAACAGCACCACUGAUCUUGAACCUGAAAGAGUUGCUGAGGGAACUAUGGCAUUCAUGUUUGAGUCUUCAUUCAGUAUGGCGGUAACUAAAUGGGGGCUGGAGACCUGUCAGCGACUGGACAAGACCUACUAUCAGUGCUGGGAGCCUCUACGCAGCCACUUCAACCCCUCCUGGAGACCCUAUAGGAAGUAGAAAGAAACUUCCAACAUAAAAUGAUCUGAGCAAAACUCAAAAGGCCUAUAUAAUGUAAUUUUUGCUUUUUCUAAUUGCUUUAAACCCCAUAUCCUUUGAAUUUCUGAAAUUUGUCAGUAGAGGAAGGCCUAAGUGAGAUGCAAAAAAUAAAUAAAUAAAUAAAUUUACAGUUGAGGAUUGAGCCUUAUCAAGAAUAUUAAGGGAAGCUAUCUGAGUAUUGAAAUAAUCAGAACAAGUUGUAAUGAAACCGUGAAAUACAAAAUAGAUCGAUGGAUUAGGAUGUGCUAACAUAGAGGAGGAACUGAGAGUUUCAAGCUCUGAAGAGGGAGAUGGGCUAAAUAUUAUUAAUAUAGGAUUACUCUAAUAUGAGUGGAAGAUACAUAAUAUAAUGUAACACAAUUUUGAUACAUAGUAAAAUACAUUAUAUAAGCCUUUUAAAGAAAGCAUACCACAUUAUCCCCUUUAAAACUAACAAAGUAUUAAAAAAAUAUGUGAUUUUUAAUAACUCAGUAAUGUUUGCCCAACCUGUCAUGUAUUGUUAUUAAAAGCACCAUGCUCUGUAUUUAACAAUGGACUGGACUAAAAGUGAUGCUUGUGAUCAAACUUUGGCAAGUAUUUAAUUUUGUGACUAACAACU